AUGUUGAUACUUAUUUUCAAGGACGUUGAAUUUGGUAUAUUCCGGAAAGUGGCAGACUUAGAAAAUGAAGGUCGCCUUAUGUUCCACACACAAGCGCAAUUCCAGGAGAGCCUUGACACCCUGGUGAGGACAGGACGCCACGUGCUGGUCGACAUGGAAAACAAUAUCAGAGGUUUAGUAGCUUCAGACGUCUCUAAAAGAAGUCGCUGCGAUUUUUAUCUAUCGAGGGAUGGAUUUCUUCCCUUUUCUGCGGUCAUAAUGAGUCAGAAGACGAAUCCUAUCAUACAUGGCCUUAACCGCAGAGUAUUGGCUUUAUUGGAAUCCGGACUCUUCAAGUACUGGGCGCAAGAUGUCCCAAAUUUCACAAGAUGCGACAAUAUCCCCAAGAGACUGGCGUUCACCGCCACGCUCUCCACCACGAACCUCUGGGGAGUAUUCACGGUCCUUGGUGGGGGAUUGACUGUCGGCCUGGUAGUUUGGUGUGCCGAGAUGCUGCUCCUCGUAUCUACAGUGUGACUACUGAGGUCUCACGGGUUUUGUUGAAUACCACUUCAACGAAGCCUACAGAAAAAUCAGGAUUAA